AUGUUUCUGACUUCUGUGUCGGGCUUUUUAGCCCUCUCUUUGUUGAACCAUGGUGUCCUAGCUCAGAACCAGGCCGACGUGAUCACCGAUGAUGCUCACUUCUACGGUCAAUCCCCACCGGUAUACCCUACACCGGAGCAAGCAGAGACUGGUUCUUGGUCCGUUGCCGUAUCCAAAGCCAAAGGGCUGGUCGCCCAGUUGACUCUUGAAGAAAAGGUCAACCUGACCGCAGGAGGCCAAACAGCCACCGGUUGCUCUGGCUUCAUCCCUGGAGUUCCCCGCCUAGGGUUCCCAGGCUUGUGUUUGGCAGACGCAGGAAAUGGUGUAAGAAACACGGACUACGUUAGCGCAUUCCCAGCUGGUAUCCAUGUCGGCGCAAGCUGGAACCCCGAGUUGACUUACAGCCGGAGUUAUUACAUGGGCUCUGAGGCCAAGACCAAAGGCGUAAACGUCCUCCUUGGCCCAGUCUUUGGUCCUUUGGGACGCGUCGUCGAAGGCGGCCGCAACUGGGAAGGUUUCUCAAACGAUCCUUACCUUGCUGGCAGACUAGGACACGAAGCUAUAGCUGGUAUUCAGAAUGCUGGAGUUAUUGCUUGUGGAAAGCAUUGGCUUGCUCAAGAGCAAGAGACGCACAGACUUGCCGCACGUGCUACCAAUGCAGAGGCCAUAUCCUCAAAUGUCGAUGACAAGACGCUUCAUGAGUUGUACAUGUGGCCUUUUGCUGAUGCAGUCCAUGCAGGACUUGCCAGUGUGAUGUGCAGUUACAACCGAGCCAACAACUCAUAUGCUUGCCAGAACUCUAAACUUCUCAAUGGUCUUCUCAAGGGAGAGUUGGGCUUCCAAGGUUUCGUCGUUUCCGACUGGGGUGCCCAGCACUCCGGUAUGGCCUCAGCUCUGGCAGGCCUUGAUGUCGCAAUGCCCAGCUCCAUCGUUUGGGGCAAAAACCUAACGCUUGGUGUUAACAAUGGAACUAUUCCUGAAUCACACGUCGAUGGCAUGGCUACCAGGAUUCUUGCUACAUGGUAUCAGCUCAACCAGGAUCAGCCAGACUUCCCCACUCCCGGCCACGGACUAGCCAAGGACCUCACGGCACCUCAUCCCAUUGUAGAUGCUCGUAACGCGAGUUCCAAGUCUACACUAUGGGAUGGUGCGGUAGAAGGCCAUGUCCUUGUUAAGAACGACAACAAGACACUACCGCUCAAGUCCGAUCUGAAGCUUGUAUCUCUAUUCGGAUACUCACACAAGGCUCCAGAUAAGAACAACCCAGAGCCUCUGAACGGGGGUUUCUUGGGAAACUUGAACCUUACAUACUCAGCCAUUGCACCUAACGGGACCAUCAUCUCUGGAGGAGGUUCUGGCGCCGCUGCCGCAAGCUGGAUUAGUUCUCCAUUCGAUGCCCUUGUUUCUCGAGCAAGAAAGGAUGGCACUGCACUAUUCUGGGAUUUCGAAAGCUGGGAUCCUUCUGUUAAUCCUACAUCCCAAGCUUGCAUCGUUGCUGGAAACGCUUGGGCCAGUGAGGGCUGGGAUAGACCUGCUAUUUAUGAUGACUACACUGAUAGCCUGAUCAACAACGUCGCUGACAAAUGCGCAAACACAAUUGUUGUUCUUCACAAUGCUGGAGCUCGUGUUGUGGAUGGUUUCAUUAGCCACCCCAACGUCACCGCUGUUAUCUACGCACACCUUCCAGGUCAGGACAGUGGAGAGGCGCUUGUGUCUUUACUUUACGGAGAUGAGAACCCUUCAGGUCGUCUUCCGUACACUGUCGCCCGCAACGAGACUGACUAUGGUAUUACACUAAAGCCAGACUUGACUCUUGCUCCCCACAAGUUCCAGCAUUUCCCACAAUCCGACUUCUCGGAGGGUGUGUUCAUCGACUACCGACAUUUCGACGCGAAGAACAUCACGCCUCGCUAUGAGUUUGGCUUCGGUUUGAGUUACACCACCUUCGAGUACACUGAUCUCCAAGUCUCCGGCCCUGGGGCACAAGCCUCCGAAUACCCUACUGGGGCUCUUACUGAGGGUGGGCGCGCAGACCUUUGGGAUGUUGUUGCUGUUGUCUCAGCCAAGGUCAGCAACACUGGCGAUGUUGAUGGUAAGGAGGUUGCGCAGUUGUACGUCGGUACUCCUGGGGAUGACGUUCCCGUGAGACAACUCCGUGGCUUCAAGAAGCCGAGCAUCAAGUCUGGAGAUACCGUGGAAGUCAAGUUUGAGCUUACUCGUCGCGACUUGAGUGUUUGGAAUGUUGUCGCCCAAGAAUGGCAGCUUCAGCGGGGUGAUUAUAACAUCUUUGUUGGAAGCAGCAGUCGGGACCUUCCUCUCCAAAGCACGUUGAAGAUCGGAGCAUAG